AAAAGGCUGUCUUUAGUUUUGAUCAUCAUUCACUAAAGGUCUCUGUGCUUCCUGGCUUCAAAAACUUGUCCUUAUCUUCUGGUCCUUUCAAUCCUCGGCAGGUUCUUCAAACUCUUAAGCGAUGUCAAGAAGACCCAAUGCUGCUCGCCGUAUUGGAGAUGGCGGGAGCAUUCCCUUUGUCGGGGCAUUGCAUUCCAAGGCCCAAACUUCUCCACUAUUAUCCAUUGGAAUUUUUGUUGUGGGAGCAUUGCUGGUUGUUGGUUAUCUUUAUCACAGUUCAGGUAGCAGGAGUGGUGACAUAAAUAGUUUAAGUAGACUUGAAGGUGGUGUUUCUUGUACUCUAGAAGUUCAGAAAAUAAUACCUAUUCUGAAGAAAACAUAUGGUGACAGCAUGAAAAAGGUAUUACAAGUUGGUCCUGAAACCUGCUCGGUGGUCUCUCAAUUAUUGAAACAAGAGGAUACAGAAGUCUGGGGUAUAGAGCCUUAUGAGUUAGAUGAUGCUGAUGCCAGCUGCAAGUUAGUUGUGUGUCGGGUUCUCUCCUAAGUUAGUUGCUGCAAAUUCAUCAUAGCAGGUCAACUAGUUCAUGAGGACUUGGUGCUAGAACACAUAAUAUGAUAGAUUUUUGUUUUAGCUAUAAGAUAGUUGGUACUUUCAAUUUUGAAUCGAAAUAUGCAAUGAUCAUAUGUACUUGAUACUUGGUUCAUUUGGAUGGUAAUGUAUGAAUAUUUUGGAUGAUAUAUAAUAUUGUUAUUGG